CACAUGCUCCCCAGGUUAUACAUUUGUAUGGUACAGCCAAUAUCACCUGUCAAAAUGACUAUAAAGGCUGGUCAAAUUAAUGACACAACUUGUGUCAGUUGUGGCUCAGUUCCACCAGUUGCAGAUGGAUCUGUUUCUAUGGAAACUGAUGGAGUCACAUCAACAGUUGAGUUUACAUGUGAUUCUGGAUACAGUAUUAAGGGAGAUACAUCUGUCCAGUGUGGUAGUGAUGGAGUAUGGUUAUCUACAUUUCCAGAAUGUGUAACCUGUGAAAAUAUAGCAGAUAUUGCAAAUGGAACAACAACAACAAGCACAGAUGGACAUACAACCAGUAAAGCAUAUGAGUGUGAUCUAGGCUACAGUUUAAGUGGUCAGAAUGAGGUGACAUGCCAAGAGGAUGGAAGCUGGAGUUCAAGCCCACCAGACUGUGUCACAUGUGAAGAGGUGUUGACACCAGCUAAUGGAAACAGGCACAAUUUUACAGAUGGAUUAUUUUCAUAUGUUGUGUUUUCAUGCAUCAGUGGCUAUCAUCUUGUAGGCAACUCUGUCAUUCAGUGCCAGUCUGAUGGAAGUUGGAAUGGGUCUUUGCCAGCAUGUGUUUGUGAUUCACCAGCAACACCUGUGAAUGCAGCACUGUCAUUUUCCUCUGAUGGUACCGUUGUGACAUAUAGCUGUUCAGUAGGAUAUUCCCUGGAUGGAGAAAUAUCUAGACAGUGUAGUAACACUGGGCAAGGGUGGCUGGGAACUGAACCAUCUUGUGUGAAAUGCAUUGAUGUAGACAAUAUUAUAGAUGGAGAUAGUUCUUCUUCAACUAAUGGUUCAACAUCGCAGGUAGAUUUUACAUGUGGGACAGGUUUCACGUUAAAUGGAGACAGUCAGAUAACUUGUAAUGAGAAUGGAGUUUGGAGCAAUAAUGUUCCUACCUGUGUUUCUUGUGAAGAGAUCAGUGCACCUUCUAGUGGAAGUUUCGCCAUUUCCUCAAAUGGUACAGAAAGUACAGUUACCUAUAGUUGUAAUACAGGUUAUAUUCUUGUUGGAGAGGGAGUGAGAAGCUGUAAUUCUAGUGGUCAAUGGACGUCAAAUACACCUGAAUGUGUAUGUGCUGAUCCUACAAAUCUUGUUGAUGGUAAUGUAAUUAGUAAUGGUUACCUAGCAACAUACACAUGUGAUACUGGAUAUACCUUGUAUGGGGAAUAUAUCAGAGUGUGUAACAAUGACAGUACAGGAUGGAAUGGGACUGCCCCUACAUGUGUUACUUGUGAAUCAUUAAAUUCACCACCAGGGGGUAACGUUUCUAUGGAAACUGAUGGACUGUCAACAAGUGCUGUAAUUUCUUGUGAAACAGGAUACACCAUCAGUGGUACCAGAACAGUGAAAUGUCGCUCUGAUGGAACAUGGGAUUUUUCUACAGCUGUUUGUGUGUCCUGUGCGACAGUUUCAAGUCCUGACAAUGGCAUUGUAACUCUAGGCUCAAUGAAUAGUGUAACAUAUGCUAAUUUUCAAUGUAAUGUUGGUUACACUUUGAAAGGUUUUCAACAGUUGUCAUGUAGAUCAUCUGGAAGUUGGGAUUUCUCUGAGCCAUCUUGUGUUCCGUGCGAGGCGUUAAAAAACAUGAACAGUGGCGAUAUGUCAGUAGAUACCAGUGGUACAUCUACAUAUGUGCAAUAUACAUGUGCUGUGGGAUAUCAUUUAGUAGGUGAUAGUAAUAGAACUUGUGACACUGCUGGUAUCUGGUCAGGAUCAAAACCUGUUUGCAUUUGUGACCUUUUGGAUGUGCCUGGAAAUGGAUCUGCUGUAGUGUCAGCAGAAGGGGAUAGAGUUAUCUUCUCUUGUGAUGUUGGUUUUACUAUGGUUGGCAGUGCUACUCUCGUGUGUAAUACAGAUGGGACAGGAUGGAAUGGAACUGUACCUUCUUGUGUUCAAUGCAACACAUUCAACAUUCCUGAUAAUGGAUCUGUGACAUAUUCCACCGACAAUGAGGUAACAGUUGUUACGGUAACAUGUAACCUUGGCUCUUCCAUCAGUGGAACAGCAGAAAUAACCUGUGGAAAUAAUGGCGAGUGGGAACUUCAAGGCAGUGUUACAUGUG